UACAGAGUUUCAAAUUCCUCCCUGUUGUCCAGGAUGCAGAGACACAAACUGAGGGUAGACACAGUGAGGUAAGGAUGCACGCUCCGAUUUCACACAGAAUCGGUAAGAGAAUAAAACUGUCUCCUCGGUAUCAGGCUAAUACGUAGAGAAUGGAAUGAAAAGUAAUUUCAAGGAAGGCUUGCAUGUGCUUAGAAAGACCAGCAGAAUAAGGAGGACAUAUAAGCAGGUAAGACGAGGAUAGCCCAAUCCUGGCCUGCAGUUGGUUGGGUGGAAUGAGAGAGGGGACCAUCACACAUUGCUCCCAACCCUAACCCCCCAAGCGAGACUCACUCAUUCCAGAGGCUCUCCUGCUGCCUGCUUUCAGGAAGAUGUCCUCCAGCAAAUUGCCUCAGAGGCUGCUCUUGCUCAGGGGAGCUCUGGAGAGCAUUGGGGAACUUGGACUCAGCUAUUCCUGGGUCUUUCCUGUGUACCCUAGAGUCAGUACUGAAAUCCUGACUACCUCCGUGGAUGGAUGCGGUUUUUACCUUCAUUUGGCCUUUCUGCAUCCUUCCCCUGCCACCUGUGCCCUGGGUCCUCUUGGUAUUGAAAGAAGAGGCUUUCCUCAGCUGCCGCCAAGGUGCUCGGUCCUUCGAGGAAGCUAAGGCCGCGUUGAGGUGAGGCCCUCACUUCAUCCGGCGACUAGCACCGUGCCGGCAGUCCACAACAUGGCUUCUGUCUCUGAGCUUGCCUGCAUCUACUCCGCCCUCAUCCUGCACGACGACGAGGUGACGGUCACGGAGGAUAAGAUCAAUGCUCUCAUUAAAGCAGCUGGUGUCAAUGUUGAACCUUUCUGGCCUGGCUUGUUUGCAAAGGCUCUGGCCAAUGUCAACAUUGGAAGCCUCAUCUGCAAUGUAGGGGCUGGUGGGCCAGCUCCAGCCGCUGGGGCUGCGCCUGCUGGUGGUCCUGCUCCAUCUGCCGCCGCUGCCCCAGCUGAGGAGAAGAAAGUAGAAGCAAAGAAGGAAGAAUCUGAAGAAUCCGAGGAUGACAUGGGCUUUGGUCUUUUUGACUAAACUGCUUUUGUUAACAUGUCCAAUAAAGAGCUGAACCUGUGGGGAAAAAAAAAAAAAAAAAAA